AUGAACCCCAAAGAGCUAGCCACUGGGUCCAGCAACAUGGAGCUCAUGGGCGCCCUUACAAGAGUCACAGUCGGAGCGGCGUCUCUCAGCAGUACCCCCAAGAUUCUCAGUGGCACCGGUGGGGCCAAUGGGUUCCUCCCUGGUGGCCACCCCUGCCCCCACCCCCACUCUCAGCCCUGGCGGGGAGCCCUACGAGUGCAGGGGCGGCUGCUCUGUGGGGAAGCCCUGAUCCGGCCAAGAUGGGUCCCCACUGCAGCACGUUGUCUAAAGGAUGUCUAUCUCUGUCAAUUUCUCUUUUUUCCUCUCUCUGUGUUUGUCUCCUUAUCUCUGUUUCUAUUGCUCUGUCUCACCCUCCCUCCAUCUUCCUAUCUCUCUUCAUCUCUGCCUCCGUGUGUGUCUCUCCUUUUGUUUAGGACCCCCUCCCUCUCUCUGUCUCCCACUCAGGGCGACGCCAGGGGUCCCGUGAUCUGUAAUGGAACGCUCUAUGACAUCGUCUCCUGGGGAGACUUCCCAUGUGGACAGCCCAACCGGCCUGGUGUCUACACCCGAGUCUCUCAGUGUGUUACACGGAUCCAAGAAGCAAUCCGAACACGGAAGACUCGGGAGUAGAAAUGGGUGAAGGGCCCACAAUAA